GCCGCUCCAGCGAACGGACGCACCGAGAAUCGAGCUAUAGCCAUAGUCCACAAAAACCCGAAAUCGAACCCAUGACUUAUAUAUAGAGCCGUGCGAUUUGUUUACGUGUCGUGACGCGAGUGCCAGCAGUUGUGUGCGUGUGCCAGACCCAAACAAACGAAAAGUUGUUGAAAUCGAAUCAAAGAAAUCGCCAUGAUUAGCACCACGGAUUACCCAGCGGUGGAGACCACCACCUCCUCCGAGGAGCUGUACGCGGAGUACAUAGCCGCCCCGGCCAGCAGCAUGAGUCCGGCUGCGAUUGCCGAGCACCUGCAGCAGAAUCAGAUCACCUUCGAGAUACCCAGUGCCCACGAUCUGCGGCACAUCGAUGCCCUCAACUCCUUUAAUGCACUGCUCCAGAGGAUUGGCAACGCGGCGGUGUCCUACGAUCCCGCUCCGCCCAGCGGUUGGUCCCCAGACGGCAGCAUCAGCACCGAGCAGCUCUCCAAAUCGGUGGUUCUGGACCUCGCCGAUCUGAGAGACAGAUCCGAGGACUCCGCGGAGUCCUCCUGGUGGAACCAGAUCUUCGGGGAUGCCGACAUGCACGUGAUCAUCAACUAUCUGUGGAUCGGAGUGGUCAGCUCCCUGGUGGUCCUCUCCCUCGUCUUCAUCCUCUUCAGCUGCUACUUCUACCGGAAGUUCCGCACUUGGAAAAAAUGCAAUAAGGACAUACGUGCCCAGAUCCAUGCGGCCAGCGACUCGUACUCCUCGCACCUGGUGGGCUGCGACGCCAGCCGCCUGCUGUUGCACCAGCAGAUGCAGGGGCACAAUCCGCAUCCACACCAUCGGGGCAACGAGGCGGGAUUCUACCAAAUCGAAUCGCCACCCUGCUACACAAUCGCCACCGGUUUGCCCAGCUACGAUGAGGCACUGCAUCAUCAGCCCCGGCACUUCGCCUACGGCAUGAAGUUCGUCUAUCCCUCGCUGGCGGCCGUGCAUCAUCAUCACCAUUGCGUUUCCAAUUGGGAGAAGGACGAGCUGAAUAAGCUGCAAAAGUGCAAGCUGUCAGCGGCAGUGGAGGAGGAUAAAGUGGAGGCCUCCCCCUCGGAGUCCUGCAACUUGGCCGCAGCCACGCCUGCCAUUUGCAUUAACAUGCCAAAUGGGAGGCAGCAGGAUGUGGAGGAGGAGGAGGAGCAGGAGGAGGUGGUCUCCGCAGUGGCAGUGGCAGUGGCACAAAGUUUACAGCCGGCGGCGGCUGCCGACGAUGAUUGCGCCUCAUUGGUCGUUGUUGUUGCCGCGUGAUUGCCCAGUCAGGGUUCAGGGGUCAGGGGUUAAGGUGGGGCCGGGGGUGAAGGGUCAGGGCCGGGAGUAGCAGCCCAAUUGCUUAGUCACUUGUAAAUAGUUGCAUCGUCUGCUAAUGUUGUUUGCCCCCCUGUAAUAACAUAUAUCUCCGAAUGUGUCCCCCCUGCUCACUCUUUAAGCAAAUUUAGUUUCGUUUUUAGUUAUCUGUUAUAUUAUUGUAUUACGCAAGACUGAGUAUUAUUUAUUGUACCAUGUAUAAAACCGAAUUGUCUAUCGAUUAAGCCUUAAUAUCUAAGUGAGAGUGAAACGAAAAAUAUAAAACUCGAAUGAACACACACAUUGCAAACUAAAUU